GGCACUGCUGCUCCCAUUCGCUGCUCAUGCUGUCCACGAGUAGCAGCCACCUUUCCGUCACCUGGAAAGUACAUUUCCGUACAUUUUAAUCACUUUUUGGAGCAGAUCUUUGGAGCACUCUGACUGAGUCUCCUCGUCUUCUGCAUCAUGCAACUUUUGCUGUGGGGUUCAGCUCUGAAAGUGGGGUUUCUGGACUCGAUCGCUUGGACGUGAAUACGGACUCAAAUGCAUGAGUAAUAAGGGAGAUCAGCGAGCAGCAGCUGGAGGAGAUGCGCUCUCCAGAGGGACUCGCCUUGCUCCUCUUCAACGGGACGGUGUGCCUGUCAGUUCUUGGCCACCAGAAUGCCCAAGGCAGCUCAUCUUCUGUCCAGUCUGAGCCAGUGGACGUUCGGUUCCAGAAUGGAGCUGCUCUGUUGCCCAGGUGGAAACGAUCCAUCAACACAAAGUCUUCCAGCAGUCUGCUCCUGGAGCUCAAUAGUCGCUUCCCAAAGGAGGAAAAGCAGGCGCAGAGGGAGUCCAAGGCCAGAGAUGCUCGUCCUCAGUCAUCGUCUUGGGCGAAACGGUGGCCCCUUGUGAAGACCGACAAGUUCCAAAAGCUGUUUGGCUGGGGCGACUUCUACUCCAACAUCAAAACGGUGCGACUGAACCUGCUCAUCACCGGGAAGAUCGUGGACCACAGCAAUGGAACGUUCAGCGUCUACUUCCGCCACAACUCCACAGGCCAGGGCAACGUCUCCGUCAGCUUGGUGCCACCAGCGAAGGCGGUUGAGUUUGACCUGGAACGGCAAAGUGUGGUCUACCCCAAAGACUCCAAGACUUUCACCUGCCGUGUAGACUACGAAAAGGUGGAGCGCAGCGAGCGCACCUCACUGUGCAGCUACGAUCCAUCAAAGACCUGCUUUCAGGGCCAGACGCAAAGCUACAUUUCCUGGAUCUGCUCCAGACCCCUCAGGGUCAUCUGCAUCUACGUCUCCUUCUACAGCACGGACUACAGGCUGGUCCAGAAGGUCUGCCCGGACUACAAUUACCACAAUGCAAUGCCCUACCUGCCCUCAGGGUAAAUGAGCAUGCUGACAUGGAGUAAAUUGUAUAUAUGACAAUGAAAGGAAA